UUCCCCGAGUCACAGUUCGGCUGUGUCCCGGGGAUUCUUAAAACUCGUGUUGGCUACACUGGCGGACACAAGAAGAACCCGACUUAUAGAAGUUUGGGUGAUCACACAGAGACACUUCAGGUGGAAUUUGAUCCAAAAGUGACUAACUACAGUAACCUUUUGAGAGUGUUUUGGGAUGGCCAUGAUUACACACAAAAGAGAUCACCUCAAUAUAAAUCGGCAAUUUUCUACCACAGCGAAGAGCAGAAAAGGUUAGCUGAAGAAAGUUCAAAAGAAGAGUACAACAAGAAGAAAAAAACAGUUGCUACAGACAUCCUUCCAGCUGAUAUUUUUUAUGAUGCCGAAGAUUACCAUCAAAAAUACAGACUUCGAGCUCACAAUGGCAUCUUGGCAAUGUUAAAAGUGAAUAAUGAAGAGUUAAAGGACUCCACGAUUGCUGCUCGCCUCAAUGGCUACCUUGGACAAAAUGGUUCUAAGAAGCAGUUUGACUCUGAGAUUAAAACAUUUAAUGUACCCCCAGAUAUAGCAAAUGCUGUACGUAAGGUGUUGUUUUAGCCAACCAUUAGAGCAUAAUGUUAUUAUCCUUUUCCUUACAAUGAUGUCAUUUUGAAAAAUUGUUGAAUGUUCAAAGUCAAAUUGGUUGAAAUCUUAAAACCUCUGAACAUUACUUUUGCUCUAAUAAAGAAACUGAAAAGGUAUGUAUUUUUUUAAAUUAAGACAAUUUGUCAGUACCUAAGAUACACUGAGAACAAUAAAUAAGCAUUUUUGAUGUAGCAUUAAAAUGGAAAGUGCCAUGUUAUUUCAGAAUCUGAUGACAUCCUUGUCUGUGAAAAGGACUUUCUAACAAAUUUAAUCUGAUUACUAAUAUAUCCUUAAUAAUGUGGCUGAGUCAUUAUGCCAUUACCUGAUGUUGUUACAUGGUAUCGUACAAAGAUAGUUUAUGAAGCUCUAAAGCAAAGUCAAGAUAUAUUGAGGUUUUUGAGUGGAAGAAAUACAUGUAUUACUAAAUGUUUGUAUGAUAAAUGUAGUUUCACUGGCAAUGCGGUGAUGCACAGACUUAAUAAGAAACACUUAAGACUAUCAAUAAUUAUUGUAAAUAAUAAAAACUUUAUAGGCUUAUAAAGUUAACAUAGAGAAUAGUAUAUUAUAUUUCAUUGUAUUAUCAUGAUGAGCACAACUACAAAUAUUGAAUAAAUACAAAUAUU